AUGGAGCGGAGACAGGGGAAGGCCGCGCGGACGCGGCCGCCGCAGCUGGCGGGGAACUCGAUCUAUGACUUGACGCUGGACGCGACGUUCGAGUUCGAUGGUGGCUCUGGCUUCGGCAGCACGUUGCCGUCCAACAAGCCGCUGCAGGCGGUAGCGGGAGCGAGGGCGGCGAUGAAGUCACCUAUGGCGGUUGCGGAUCAUGUAGCGGCGGACGGACACAAGUUCACGUUCACGACAGCGGAGGAGUACACGUCGCCCAAGAAGAUCCCGGUGUUUCCAGGCACGCUGCGCAGCCCCGAGAAGAAGAUCAAGCCGCACCGAGCGAAGCCUCCAGCGGGACAGUCACCAAAGCAUUUGCAGACGGCUUCACCAGCGGCGAAAGCGGGCGACGCGGUUCCAGCGCCGAGUGGAAUUUCGUGGGAAGGCGACGUGGGACGGCCGAAGCGAGAGGCGUCACCUCGACGUUUCCUACGAGCCACGCUCGCUCGGUCAUUUGGCGAUGGAGAGGGUGAGGACGAGGAGGAGAAGGCUGCGGCCAACCAGCGAGAUCGACGACCUUCGCUGUUUAUUGGUCACCACGAUCCUGCAACUGGAACUUCCAGUGUGGUUGUGGCCGACGCGGCCGCUGAAGCUGCGGCAGCAUCGGCAACAGCGUUCCUGAAAACUGGUGAGGACGCUAUCGCUUUCUUCGCGCGUAACGGAUCGGACAGCGAGAUCAAGUUUGUGCACCUGAACCGUGCCGAGACUGGGCUAGCUUUCCGACCGUAUGACCUCAUGGUAGUUGCGCAGGACGACGUCACGCCGAACGAGCACUUCACCAUGUCAUCUAGUGGCCUCGUUCACGUUUCAGCCGGCAGCCCAUCAGAGUUCAUCGCCCUUGCCGAGUGGAUGCGUCAGUCGACGAUGUUCAACGUUCUGACGUCGCUGCGGUUUUUCAAGCACUAUCUCGUGAACAAGGCCUUCUCGCUGUGGUGCGCCAACGUGCGUUUCAAGCUUUACUGCCGCCAGCGCAAGCGAUUAAGUGCGAAGCUGUUCCUGGCCAAGGAAAGCUUUUGUGUUCCUCUGCUUCAGGUGAAGAAGGUUAUGAGCACGGAGCUCAUGGGCGUCGUCCUACUGGAUUUACGGGCGCAAAAGACAUACGAGAGCUCGGCGUUUGUGGAGUAUCAGGGGACCAAGCGCGCCGAAGGUUCCAAGCAGUUUGAAAUAUGCAUCGAGAAGCUGCAGUCCAUCAUUCAACGCGUUUGCUCGGACGUGAAAAACCUGACCAAGACAUCGAACCCGCAAGAGGAUUUCCUUUCGGACAUGACGCUUAGCUCCAUGGGGACAAGCCAGGAGAAGACCAAGUCGAUUGUGGCUGUUAAGGCAGAGCAACAGCAGCGACGCAGACUAUUUCGCCGAGCCGCAGAGGAGGCUGGUAUGAUUGCAGACUUUAUCCGACUCAUCGACUGUAUUGCUGUGGAGAGUCUGGUGAUUUUGGCUGUGCAGAGCUGCGCAAACUUCUUGUGCGAGCUCAACAAGGUCCCGCGCAAGACAGGACUGUUUGAGACGACUAUAUUUUUUGGAGAGCAGUCCACGAUAUUUUCCCCAACAAGCGAGCAGAUUCAGCAUAUCGUCAUAGCAAUGACGGACGAUAUCGUGAGCACGGUCAACUCGGUAUCGCGAGUUCUAUACCUCCGCCCAUUUGCAGCGUAUGUGGGCAACGCGGUGGCUGAUGCACCCCAUGUAGGCUCGACGAUCACUAGCAGUGUCGCUUUUGGACAAAUUCGCAAGGAACUUGUCGCCAAGAUUGCAAGUGACUAUGCAGAGGCCACCGAGUACGUCAAGAUUUUCGACAACGUGCGUCCUAUUUACGAGUACGACAAGGUCUGGGAUCUCGAGGAGUAUUCGCAGCGUGCGCACACCGUGACUACGCUGAAAGCGGACAUGCUGCAGAUCAGCACGUGGGAGAAGGAGCUCGAGAAAAUGCGAGCAGGGCAGACGAUUGGUAUUCUUCACGUGGAAAGUCGCAAGCUAAAGCAGACAUUGAUCCCGAUGACCACGGCUAAGCUGGACGCGAUGAAGGGUUUAGUCAAAGAUUUAGCGCGUGCAAGGUGCAAGACCCAGCUGGGUGAGUACAAACAGCGUAUCCAGUCGCUGUUGCAGCGUCCUCAACACCUGAAGGAAUUCGCGGGCCAUGUGGAACGGGUGCAGAAUCUAAAGUCCAAGCAGAAAGCACUCGCGAAGAACACAAAUGUGGUAGACGAGCUGUACCGACUUCUAGGUACUUACGGUGUGCGCAUCUCGUCAGAAGAUAUGGUGCAGCUAGACGACUUACGCAGCGUCCAGGAGAGCUACAAGGAAGAAACAGAAGCCGUUGAUGCCUUUGUUGCAAGUCGGUUAGGUGAGAUGACGCAGCAGUUAGACGCCAACAUUCAGCGCUUGGACGAACAAGUCCUCCAGCUACACAACCAGUUGCAAGGAGGUCUCUUCAUCGACGCUACCCACUUCGAGGAUCCGUCGGUUGUGAAGAGCGAGUUGGAGAGUGUGAAGCAGCGGCUGACGCAGCUGGAUGAACUCUCCAAGCAGUACACAGAGUACCAGACAUUGUUCAACCUGACCCCAUUCAAGUAUUUGAACCUGCAGGCGACACAAGAGUACUUCGGGACUGUGGACUCACUUUGGACGGCGGUUGAAAAGUGGAAUGAGCUGUACUUGGGUGCUAUGACAAGCCCCUUCGUGGAAGUUAACGCUGAGGAGCUCUCAAAGGAUGUUGCCGUAGCUUUCAAGGACGCAUAUGCAUUGCACAAGAAGCUGAGUAAUGAUGUGACUGCCGUGCUCAAGGAUCGUACCGCUGAGUUCAAGUUGAAGAUGCCCACCAUUCUGGAGUUGGGCAACCCAGCCAUGAAAGACCGUCACUGGGAGAAGAUCUUCAAGGCAUUACGGCAGCCCUGGUACCCUGGUAUUCUCUUUACGCUGGAGAACCUCGUGGCGUACGACGUACUAGAUAUGAAAGAUUUGGUUGGAGAAAUGUCGGCUGCAGCCUCGGGAGAGGCCCAGAUCGAGGCAUCACUGCUAAAAAUUAAGCACGGUUGGGACCAAAUGGAAUUCACAUGCGUGAGCCACCGCGACCAAAAUGACGUGUUUAUCCUAGGUAGCCUGGAAGAUAUCUUGAUGCUGCUGGAAGAUAACCAGGUUGGUCUGCAGACGAUGAUGGGGUCUCGAUUUAUUAUGGGCGUGAAGGACGAGGUAGAGCGAUGGAGUAAGCGGUUGUCCUUACUCUCUGAUACUCUGGACGAGUGGAUCGCAUGCCAGCGCAGUUGGAUGUACUUGGAGACGAUUUUCUGUGCCGAAGACAUUCAGAAGCAGCUCCCGGUAGAAGCGCAGAAAUUUGCUUUGGUUGACAAGAACUGGAAGUCGACUAUGCUGCGAACGAAGACCGACCCGAGUGUCAUUAGAUCAGUGGAGGGAGGUCCUGAGCUGUUAGACCAAUUCCGAAUGUCGAACAAACUGCUUGAAGAGAUCCAGAAAUCCCUCGAGGACUACCUCGAAACGAAGCGAAUGGCGUUCCCACGGUUUUAUUUCCUUUCUAACGAUGAGUUGCUGGAGAUCCUAUCGCAAACGCGCGACCCACGCGCGGUUCAACCCCAUUUGGGUAAGUGUUUCGACGCUAUGAAGAGUGUUCGCUUCGAUGAUUCCCCUGGAGCAGCGAGCAACGUGGUGAACGCAAUGGUCAGUGGCGAGGGUGAGCUGGUCAUAUUCCCGAACCACGUGAUAGCAAAGGGGCCAGUAGAGUCUUGGCUGACUGAGGUGGAGAAAGCGAUGCGUGCAAGUCUGUAUGAAGACGGUGUGAAGGCUCUCAUGAAUUAUCCGAUUGAGGACGCUAUUGACCGAAAAGAGUGGCUAUUCGGAUACGCAGCGCAGGUUAUCAUCCUCGUAGAUCAGGUCUUCUGGACGCGAAAUGUUACGGAGGCUAUUGCGCAAGUGGAGAGCGGAAGUGACCCACAGACUGUCGGUGGCUUCCUACAGUUUAGUUUGAAGCAGAUCGAUGGUAUGGUGCAACUGGUUCGGGGGUCUUUGACCAAGCUGCAGCGUAUUCUGAUGGGUGCCAUUAUCACAAUUGACGUCCACGCACGAGAUGUGGUGCGUUCGCUCGCUGACAGCAACAUUUCGUCACUCAGCGACUUUGAAUGGACUCGACAGCUGCGGUAUUACUGGGAGGAGGAUGUGAAAAACUUCGUUGCGCGCCAGACCAACACUCGCUUUAUAUAUGGCUACGAGUAUCUUGGCAAUUCGCCAAGACUUGUGAUCACACCGCUGACUGAUAUUUGCUACAUGACGCUCACAGGCGCACUGCAUCUACGUCUAGGAGGUGCGCCUGCUGGCCCAGCUGGAACAGGCAAGACCGAGACCACGAAAGAUCUGGCGAAGGCACUGGCAGUGCAGUGUGUCGUGUUCAAUUGCUCCGAUGGAUUGGACUACAAGAUUAUGGGGCGGUUCUUCUCGGGUCUAGCACAGGCUGGAGCAUGGGCGUGCUUUGACGAGUUCAAUCGUAUCGAUAUCGAGGUUCUAUCCGUGAUUGCACAGCAAGUGCUAUGCAUCCAGCAAGCUAUUGUCGCCGACGUGGACGAGUUUGAGUUUGAGGGCAAUCUCAUCAGGCUGAACACGGGCUUUGGCGUCUUUAUUACGAUGAAUCCUGGCUACGCAGGACGGACAGAGCUACCGGACAAUUUAAAGGCACUGUUCCGCCCUGUUGCCAUGAUGGUGCCGGAUUACCGACUGAUUGCCGAGAUUGUGCUGUUCUCCGAAGGUUUUGCCAAUGCGUUGCCGCUCUCACACAAAAUGACACAGCUUUAUUCACUAUCAAGUGAGCAAUUGUCGAAGCAGGAUCACUACGAUUUCGGUAUGCGUGCUGUGAAGUCUGUCCUGGUUGCUGCUGGUCAGCUCAAGCGGAAGGAGCCAGAGAUGCACGAGGAUCUUCUUCUCAUUCGAGCAAUGCGCGAUAGUAACGUCCCCAAAUUCCUCGAGCAAGAUCUCCCGCUGUUUCGAGGAAUUAUUGCCGAUCUCUUUCCAGGUGUCGUGGUGCCUUUCGUGGACUACGGUUUGCUUCAGAAGGCCAUUGAACAGCAGUUGGACACACUGCACUUGCAGCAAGUGCCAUCGUUUAUCACCAAGGCUAUUCAAGUGCACGAGACGCAGCUGGUUCGCCACGGAAUGAUGCUCGUUGGCGAAGCUGGGAGCGGGAAAAGUACCAAUUGUUACGUGCUAGCUCGCGCACUGACUCAGCUCUAUCAAGAUGGAGUUGUUGACCGCGAUGGCUUCUACAAGGAAGUUCAGCGCCUUAUACUCAACCCGAAGUCGAUCUCGGCAGGACAGCUCUACGGCGAGUUCAAUCUCCUUACCAACGAAUGGACGGAUGUCGAUGCCGUCUGGAUUGAGAACAUGAAUACUGUGCUGGAUGACAACAAGACCCUGUGUUUGUCGAAUAGUGAGCGAAUUAAACUGCCGCAUACACUGCACAUGAUGUUCGAAGUGCAAGACCUCCGUGUGGCUUCUCCAGCUACGGUCAGUCGAUGUGGAAUGGUGUACAUGGAGCAAGUUCAUGUUGGAAUGACGUCGCUGGCGCGGACUUGGAAAGUUACGACGCUGGAGCCAAUCUUACCGACGUUCCCGGAGCUCUGUGAUAUGCUGCUUCUAUUAAUCGAGACCCACGUCCCUGUUGCGAUCGCAUUUGUUCGUGAGAAUUGCCGCGAGAAGGUUCCAAGCAACAACCACAACUUGAUGCAGAGCUGCCUGAAUCUCCUUGCCUCCUGUUUGGCCAGUGGUGUGGUACAGAACGCAGGUGCCAACAACCUAGCGGGAUUGGUGCGCAUGUACUUUGUAUUCGCUGUUACAUGGUCAGUGGGGGCCAACAUUGAUGAUGCGUCACGCCCAAAAUUCAACGAUUUCUGUAUGGGCCAGUUCCGCUCGCUUAUCGAUAGCAGUCAUGACGGUGCGCCGGUGACGAACGUGUACGAGGUGGUGGUUGAUGAUGCAACGGGCCAGUGGGUGUCGUGGAUUGAUAAGACGCCAACUUUUACCUUCGUCCCUGGAGCGUCGUAUUUCACGAUGGUUGUGCCCACGCAAGACACUACUCGCUUCCGAUAUCUUCUUGAAAAGCUCAUGCUCGCUGACCAUCACGUGCUCUACAGCGGUGAGACUGGUGUCGGCAAGUCGGUUAUUGUGCAGUCAUUCUUGGACGACAUGGCCAAGACGGAUAGCUGUAUUGCAUCUACCAUGAGCUACUCAGCUCAAACCAAACCUCGCAAUCUGAACGAAAUGUUCGAGCUCAAGUUGGACAAAAAACGCAAGAACCUGUUAGGCCCACCGGUGGGCAAGCGUAUGUUGUUCUUUGUGGACGAUCUUAACAUGCCAGCACUCGAAAUUUACGGGGCUCAACCUCCGAAUGAGCUGCUGCGGCAGGUCAUCGACCAGGGCGGAUUCUAUGACACCUCCAAGAUGUUCUUCAAAAACGUCAAGGACGUGGUGUUUGCUGCUGCGUGUGCUCCACCCGGAGGUGGCCGGAGCGAAGUGACUCCACGUCUAAUCCGUCACUUUCACAUGGUCUGGAUCCCCAACCUGUCGGGUGAAGUGAUGCAGCGGAUCUUUUCGUCGAUCCUUGGUGGGUUUCUCGGUGCGGAAUUGCCAGCGAUGGCGCACAUGGCUGCACCUAUUGUGAGCGCAUCCGUGCAAUUGUAUCAACGUGUUGAACUUGAAAUGCUGCCUACACCGUCCAAGUCGCAUUAUACAUUCAACCUUCGAGAUCUGUCCAAGGUUUUCCAGGGUGUACUCAUGGUAAAGAAGGAGAAUGUCCCGAACGAAGACGGCCUGCUAACUCUGUGGCUGCAUGAAGAAGCUCGAGUUUUCCGAGAUCGGUUGGUGGACGCUGAUGACCGCGCGUGGUUCAACGGAGCGUGUUCACAGCUGAUCGAAGAGAAGAUCAAAGUGUCGUGGCCCCCCUCACGUUUCGAGAACAUUUUGUACGGUGACUAUCUGACUCGUGAGAAUCGCACCUAUCGACCUGUGCAGGAUCUCGGACAACUCAAUUCGCUGCUCUCAGAGUACCUCGAAGAGUACAAUAUCACGUUCCCGAGCCAGAUGCACUUGGUCUUCUUCAACGACGCUAUGCACCACAUCUCUCGAAUCUGUCGCGUUCUACGACAGCCACGUGGUAAUGCACUACUCGUCGGUGUUGGUGGCUCGGGCCGUCAGAGUCUCACACGCCUUGCGUCUUUCAUGGCCGACUACAAGUGCUUCUCGAUUGAAAUCACACGUGGGUACGGCGCAAACGAGUUCCAUGAAGACCUCAAGAAGAUUCUAAUGACCGCGGGGGCCCAGAACCAGCCUGUGGUGUUUCUCUUCUCAGACGCACAAAUCGUCCACGAAUCCUUUCUUGAAGACAUCAACAACAUUCUCAACACCGGUGAAGUGCCGAAUUUGUAUGCGAGUGACGAAGUGGAGAAGAUCGUAGGUCUUGUUCGUCCGUUGGCGCAACAGGUCGGCAAGGCUACGCGUGAGGACAUACUGCAGUACUACGUCACGCUGGUACGCGAUAAUUUGCACGUUGUGCUCGCGUUUUCUCCUAUCGGUGCUGGUUUUCGCAACCGGUGCCGCAUGUUCCCUUCGCUCGUAAAUUGCUGUACAAUUGACUGGUUCAAUGCGUGGCCCGAAGACGCACUAAACUCUGUCGCCAAUCGGUUCUUCGCUACGAAUGCCGAGGAGCUUGGAAUUGAAGCGCACGUCGACACAUUGUGUAAAAUGGCGGUGACAAUUCACCGGAGCGUUGAGGAAGCUACCCUUCGGUUCUACGCCCAGCUCAAGCGGCGUAACUACACUACACCGACGAGCUACUUGGAGCUGAUCAGGUUGUAUGUGGAUAUGCUGCGAACACAUCGCCAGCUUGUUCGUGCAAAAGAAGCACGAUAUCGAGGUGGUUUGCAGAAACUGACAGAGACUGAAGAGGUCGUCGGCAACUUGAAGAGCUCGCUUACAGAGCUACAGCCGGUGCUGGUAAAGGCUCAAAAAGACACCUCACUACUGCUGGAGCAAGUGGCGAAGGACCAGGCAGAAGCUGACAAGCAGCAGCAACUGAUUCAAGCUGAUGUGGAGGCUGCCAACAAAAUCGCCGACGAAGUGAAGGUGAUCAAGGACGACUGUCAGAAGGAUCUGGAUGAGGCUAUGCCCGCGUACUACGCCUCGAUCAAGGCACUGUCGCAGCUGAAGAAGGAUGAUAUCACGGUGCUCAAGACAUUCACGAACCCGCCGCGGCUGGUGGGUGUGACGAUGAACGCGGUGUGUCUUCUCUUCGGUGCAAAGCAAGAAUGGAACGAGGCCAAGAAGCUGCUCAACGAUAUGAAGUUCCUGGACAAACUCAAGGAGUUCGACAAGGACAACAUCCCACCGAAGACGAUUCGUCAGCUUCAGAAGUUCAUCUCUGACGAAGAGUUCACGCCUGAGACGCUCAGUAGUAUCUCCACUGCUGCUACUUCGCUUUGUAUGUGGGUGAGAGCGAUGUACACGUACGAUACCGUUGCCAAGAACAUUGCUCCGAAGAAGGAGAACCUCAAGCGAGCAGAGCAGCGACUCGAAGAGGAGCAGAAGCAGCUCGACAUCAAACAAAGUGGACUGAACGCUGUGCUCAAGAAAGUGGCGGACUUGAAGCGCACUCUGGAGGAAGCACAACAGAAGAAGAUUGACCUGGAGAAGCAGUCGCAAAAGACGCAAGCGCAACUUGUACGCGCAGAACGUCUGAUUGAUUCUCUUGGCGAGGAACAAGGUCGCUGGAAAGAGUGCGCGGAGAACUUGGCGAAAGACAUGAUCAAUCUGGUCGGCGAUAUGAUCCUGUCCGCAGGUUGUAUUGCGUACCUUGGGCCAUUCACAUCUGAAUAUCGACACGAGCUGCAAGCGAAAUGGGUCAGCUUCUGCAAGGCAAGCAACUUACCUGUGGAUGAUCAUUUCUCCUUCCAACGAGUACUGGCGGACCCUGUUGUUGUUCGUGAGUGGAAUAUAAUGGGUUUGCCCGCUGACACGUUUUCCAUUGAGAAUGGUUUGUUCACGACGAUGGGACGUCGAUGGCCGCUCAUGAUCGACCCGCAAGGACAAGCCAACAAGUGGAUCAAGAACAUGUACAAAGCGGCAGGCUCGCUGCAGAUUAUCAAGUUGUCACAAAAAGACUUCCUCCGUACGUUGGAGAAUGCUAUCCGGUACGGUUCGCCUGUGAUGCUUGAGAACGUGGAGGAGGACUUGGAUCCUUCUCUGGAGCCUGUACUGUUGAAGCAAGUGUUCAAGCGCGGCGGUCAGAACCUGCUUCACCUCGGUGACAGUGACGUUCCGUAUAGCGGCAACUUCCGCUUCUACAUUACCACCAAAUUGGCAAACCCGCACUACAUGCCAGAAAUUUGCAUCAAGGUAACGAUCAUCAACUUCACGGUCACGCUUACGGGCCUUGAGGACCAAUUGCUGGUGGAUGUCGUGCGAAGCGAGCGCCCUGACCUCGAGCAGAAGAAGAACGAGCUCACUGUGAACAUCGCGGCAGACAAGAAACAGCUCAAGGAGAUCGAGGACAAGAUUUUGUACAUGCUGGAGAACUCCAAGGGAAAUAUUCUGGACGACGAAGAGCUCAUCGAUACUCUGGCUCACAGUAAGGUCACCUCGUCUGCGAUCAAGACUCGUAUGGCUGAAGCCGAGACGACGUCCAUGGAAAUUGACCAAACUCGUGAAGGGUACCGCUGCGUAGCUGUGCGCGGUUCCAUUAUCUACUUUGCCAUCGCGAACCUUGCCCUCGUGGAUCCCAUGUACCAGUACUCGCUGCAGUUCUACCAGAAGCUCUUCGUCAUGCGCUUGCAAAACUCAAACAAGUCGGAAGUGCUGGAGGAGCGUCUGGAGAUCCUGAUGCAGGAUAUCACCAUGUCGAUGUUCGUGAAUGUCUGUCGAGGGCUGUUCGAGAAGGACAAGAUCAUUUACGCCUUCAUGAUCGCAUCAAGUAUCUUGCUGCAUCGCGGUGCGAUUUCCUCGAGCGAGUGGAACUUCUACUUGGUCGGCGAUAAGAGGAGCUCAGCCAUACAGGCAGCACAAGCGGAGUCCUGUGGUCUGACACGUCCAUCUUGGCUUUCUGAUCGAGUUUGGAAGACUGUUAUUGGCAUGAAAGAUAUCUCGUCAGUGUUUGCCGACCUCCCUUCGUCUGUGGGGCAGCACGCGACGGAGUGGAAACAAGCAAUGGUGCUGGCUGACUUACCGCACGCAGAGAAACUACCGGAGCCGUGGGAGUCGAAGCUGACCAACUUCCAAAAGCUGCUGGUGCUACGUGUCUUCCGAGAGGAAAUGCUCGUCUUCGGCACGCGCGAGUUCGUCGGGCGUGAGCUUGGCAAGUUCUUCACGGAGUCGCCCCCGUUUGACUUGGGUGGAUGCUACCGAGACUCAAAGCCCGAGACACCUCUGAUCUUCGUACUGUCGCCCGGUGCCGAUAUCAAUGACUACCUCUUGGAGCUCGCGAAACAAGAGGGUAAGGAUGGCGCUGGUCUCAAGAUCAUCUCGCUUGGUCAAGGUCAAGGUCCGAUUGCGGAAGCUCUGAUGAAGCAAGCCAAGCAAACGGGAGACUGGGUCUGCCUCCAGAACUGUCACUUGGCUGUGUCAUGGCUUGGUCGACUGGAGCAGAUCUUGGAGCAGUCAGCGACAGAGGAGAUGCACGUGGAGUUCCGGUUGUGGCUCACGAGUAUGCCAAGCCCGCGCUUCCCUGUGCCGAUUCUGCAGAACGGCAUCAAGAUCACAAACGAGCCUCCGAAGGGAAUCAAGGCCAAUCUUGGACGUACGUUCCUUGACAUGAAAGAGGCCGACUACGAAGGCUGUACGAAGCCACGCGAGUUCAAGAAGCUGUUGUUUGCAUUGGCUUUCUACAACGCAGUGUGUCUGGAACGCCGCAAGUUCGGUGCUGUUGGGUGGAACAUCCCGUACGAGUGGAUGAAUAGUGACCUGAAGACAGGUAUGCAACAGGUUCGCCUGUAUCUGGAGGAGCAGGAAGAAGUGCCCUACCUGACGUUGAAUGUCAUGGUAGCUGACAUCUCGUACGGCGGUCGUAUCACCGACCGAUGGGAUAAACGCACCAAUUCGAGUAUCAUGCGCAAGCUGUUCUGCAAAGGAGUCAUGGACGACUCGUACCGGUUCACUGCCUCGGGACUUUACUAUGCGCCAGCGGAAGGUUCCUUAGCCAACGUUCGCGAGUACGUGAGCUUAUUGCCAACUGCAGAUGCCCCCGAUAUUUUCGGUCUUCACGCGAACGCAGACAUCACCUUCCAGCAAAAAGAGACUGGCCAGUUGCUGGGCACAACUCUGAGGAUGCUGGGUGGAGGUGGCGAUAGCGGUGGCGGGGGUGCUGCCCAAAGCAACGACAGUAUCGUGAUGGAGAUGGUCGUAGCCAUCCAGGAGCGAAUGCCGGACUUAUUCAUGGAGAGCAAAGCACAUCCUUCGACAUUCCAGGAGGCAGCGGGUGGCAGUCGAAACUCGCUGGGCGUGUUCCUGUCGCAGGAAAUGAUCCGCUUCAACGUGUUGAUCCAAGUGAUGAAGACGACGCUGGAGAUGCUGAAGCGCGCGAUCAAGGGGCUUGUGGUCAUGUCGGGUCCUCUCGAGAAGAUGUACAACGGCUUCUUGAUCCAGCAAAUUCCGAGCGAAUGGGAGAACGCCGGCUAUCCCUGUUUGAAGCCUUUAGCCUCGUGGAUUGAAGACUUCUUUAUGCGAAUCAACCUCACGAACGAGUGGCUCGUAAAUGGCCCGCCACUCGCGUUCUGGUUGUCAGGCUUCUUCUUCCCUCAAGGCUUCAUGACAGCGGUGAAGCAGUCCUUCUCACGUGAUAAGCGGAUCGCCAUCGACGCGCUCGUCGUAUCCUGCGAAAUCAUGGCGCACGACAAAGAGCAGUACAAAGCACCCCCGCCCUUCGGCGUGUACAUCUUUGGGCUCUUCAUGGAGGGCGCGCGGUACGACCGCAACACACGGAUGAUGGCCGAGUCCAUACCUAACGAGCUCUUCGACCGGAUGCCUGUCAUUUGGCUCAAACCCAUGCGGCGGGAGGAGUACAAGCCCACUGACGUGUACGAGUGUCCACUCUACAAAACGUCCAUCCGCGCCGGCACGCUGUCCACCACGGGUCACUCGACCAACUUCGUCGUGGCUCUGGACGUGCCCACCGACAAAAGCCCUGACCACUGGAUCCGCCGCGGUUGCGCGAUGCUCUGCAUGUUGGACACAUAA